AUGUCGAGCGAGAAAAGUGGUGAUAAAAAUUUAUGUGUAACGAAUAACACUUUGGGUGGCCAACGUAAAGUGAAAGACAAAAAGAUGGGUAAGAUGCACACGAACGAUUCAUCUGCCUCAGCGAUGUUACAAAGUUUGGCUGACGACGAUUUCCGUAAUCUUUUGAAUACUGCAGCAAAACCGCAAUAUGGUAGCCUUCAAAGAAAAAGAAAGAAAUCUCAAAAAACAGCGGAAUACGGUGGUCGUCGCCUGAGUGAUGCAGGUGAAAAUACUGGCUUAUCAGCAGAAGCGGACAAUUUACUCGCACAAUUUCGACGUGAAGCAGAACUAAAUCAGCGAAACGCGGAUAUUGGUUAG